CUGAACUCGGCGACUCGCUGGUCUGACCUCUGUGAGAACACAAAGACGGGUCUCAGUCACGACGAGAGCAUGCGUCGUCUCCGCUUGUACGGAGAGAACUUCAUGCAGAUCCAGGCUCCGUCGGUGCUGAAACUCAUCUAUGAGCAGGGCGUCAAUCCGUUCUACAUAAUGCAGCUCUACUCGUUCGUGUUGUGGUUCUCCAGCGGCUAUUUUGAGUUUGCCAUCGCUCUCAUCAUCAUCACCGUCCUUUCCAUUGCCAUAAUGGUGUGGGAGGCCCGCCGGCAAACGAAGGCCCUCAGCAAGCACGUCAGGUCGGGGAUGACAGUAACAACUCUACGAAACGGAUUCCCGCUGCAGAAGUCGUCUCGUGACUUGGUGCCGGGCGAGGUGAUCAUCAUGCACGGCAACUGUCCGUAUGAUCUCGACUGUGACGUGGUGCUGCUGGACGGCCUCUGCGUGGUGGACGAGUCGGCGCUGACUGGCGAGAGCCACCCGCUGUACAAGGUUUUUCUGCCCCCAGACGAUAAUAAGAUAUUCGACGUCGACCAGAACAACCAAAACAUCGUGUUUAGUGGAACCAAAAUUCUGCAGGUGAAGGGAAAGUCAGACGUUCUCGCCGUGGUUAUUCGCACAGGUUUUGACACGCAGAAGGGCGAGCUGGUCCGAUCCGUACUGUUUCCCAAGCCGGUCGACUUCCAGUUCUACUCGGACUUCACCAAAUACGUCCAGUUUUGCAUCUUGCUGGGACUUCUCGCAGCUGGCUAUUCUGCCUACGCAUGGACAAUGAAUAACGCAUCGCUGCUGACCAUCGUGUUGUACAGCCUGGACAUGAUCACGUUCGUGGUGCCGGCCAUAUUGCCCAUGAGCCUGUCAGCGCUGUAUGGCCACUCCCAGCGAAGGCUCAAGAGGUCCGGCAUCUACUGCCUCUGCUCCAAAUACAUCCUGCUCUGCGGCGGCGUUGACGUCUUUUGCUUCGACAAGACGGGCACGCUGACCGAGUCGGAGCUGGGGUUCGGCGCGCUGGUGCCCAGCGAGCCGGCGGCAGGCUUCUCAGAGCCGGUGACGGAACUGGAGACGCUGAGCUGUGAGGACCCCCGGGUGCUGACACUGGCGGCCUGCCAUAGCCUGAGCCUGAUAGACGGAGAGCCGUGUGGAGACCCGCUGGACCUGCCGCUGUUCAAUGCGGUGAACUGGGAGCUGCACGAGCAGGAGCCGGCGCCGGACGUCGACUUCCCGGCGCCGGUCGCCACGUACGUGCGGCCGCGCCUCGUGACCCAGGGCGCCGGCGCGCCGGCCGAUCACGACGUGGCCGUCUACAAGCAGUUCCCGUUCACGGCGGCCGGCCGGCGCGCCACCGUGCUGGCUCGCCGCAGGUUCGGCUCGGGACUCGACGUCUACGUCAAGGGGGCACCCGAGGCGUUGGUCGAGAUGUGCGAUCCGGCGACGGUGCCGGCCAACUUCCAGGACGUACUGGAUUGGUACACCAGCCAGGGCUUCCGCGUGGUGGGCCUGGCCUGGAAUCCUCUGGACGCGCACCUGGAACUGUCUCAGGCGGAGAACAUGGAGCAGGAGGACCUGGAGGCCGGCAGCCACUUCCUCGGGAUGGUCGUCAUGCUCAAUACGGUGAAGGCUGCCUGUUACGAGCCGCUGGAGCAACUGCACGAGGUCAACAUCACACCGGUCAUGGUCACAGGAGACAAUCUGCUGACGGCGGUGAGCGUGGCCCGCGAGUCGGGGCUGGUGAUGAAGACACAGACCAUCCUCCGGGUGGAUGCCGAGCUCGUCCCGUCCUCCGUGAACGCGGCGCAGCACCUGCGCAUCACCUACACCAGCCCAGAGACGGAGCGGAGCCAGACGUUCCUGAAGGGCAAAUUCAAGGCGGUGCACAGCGAUAACUACGUGUUCGCCAUCGACGGCGCUUCGUUCGAGCUGAUCCACACCUUCGACCGGUCGACGCUGCGCACCAUCGUGCACCGAUGCCGCGUGUUCGGCCGCAUGGCGCCCCAGCAGAAAGUGCAGGUCAUCGAGACACUGCAGGACCUCGGCCACCAGGUGGGGAUGUGCGGUGACGGUUGUAACGACUGCGGCGCGCUGCGCACGGCGCACGCCGGCCUCUCGCUCUCGCCGGCCGAGCCGUCGGCGGCGGCGCCGUUCACGGCGCGCACCGGCUCCGUCGCCUGCGUGCCGGCGCUCAUCUGCGAGGGCCGCUGCCGCUCUCGUCGCGUCGUUCGCGCUCUUCAAGAGCGUCUUCUCGACGGGGCUGGUCGUCAUGCUGAUGGCGCUCAUUCUGUACACGCACGCCUGCGAGCCUCUCUCGCCGCAGUACAUCAUUAUGGUGGUGGUGUUUGGACUGCCGGCGCCGUUCGUGCUGACCAUGACGGCGGCGCGCACGCGCCUGACGCGCCGCCGUCCGCCGCCUCAUCUCACCGAGCCCGUCCAGGUGGUCUCCUCGCUCGGCUUCGUGCUCGUCCAGUUCGUGACGCUGCUGGCGGUCUUCUACUACACGGCCGCGCAGCCCUGGUUCGUGCCGGCAUCGGUGAUGACCAAGUCCAUCAACACCUUCUUCGCGAUGGACAACAUGCUGCCGACUUACGAGGCGUCGGCGCUGUUUGCCGCCAUGACCCUCGUGUACAUCUCGUCCUGGCUGACGUUCUCGCCGGGGGCGCCGUACCGGAAGCCAGUCUACACCAACCGCCCGCUGAUGGUGCUGAUCCUGCUGUCGCUGGUCGUCAGCGGGUUCGUCAUGUUCUACCGGGGCUCGGUGUGGACCAAGUGGCUUCGAAUGCUGUACGCCCCUGACAAGAAGUACUACCUGGUGGUGGCGACGUUCACCAUCGCCAUGGGUCUGGUCUCCUACAUUUGGGAGGUCUACGUGAUACAGGGAUAUCCAGGAAUAAAAAUGGCCGGUAUCUUUCGCAAGAUUCGCCGUAAAAAGCUAUCGUUUCAAGUUAUU